GAGGUUUUAAACGCACCACGAGUCUCCAAGCUGCAGGUGAACGCUGGCUUCACUGACGGGGAAUAAAACACCUGCACAGGUGUGUUUGUGCUGCAGCCAACAGGAUGUCCUGCUGCUGCUGUGAGGGGAUCAGGAAGCAGGAGCGGCUGGUGAGGCGGGAGGAGGAAGAGGAAGAGGAGGAGGAGCAGAGCAGGAGGAACAUGGACAUCUCUCUGCUCAGAGAGCAGUACAGGAGCACCAGAGAGACGCAGAGGAGACACACACACGUGCUGCUGCUGAGGACAGUGUCGUUGGAGCUGUCGGAGGCCGUCAGCGUCGUCCCCGUCUCUCAGGCUUUGACGUCACCGUGGGAACCACACGUCAGCUCGUCACCGGCUGUAACCUUUGACCCCGGCCCGAUGACCUUCGGCGACCCCUGGCACGUCCACCUGGGCCUCCACCGACGCUGCCGACCCGGGGUCACCACGCAGCUCCCAGCUCCGUCCCUGGAAACCACGAACAGCAACAGUUCCUCCCGACGUCCCUCGUCUUCCUCCGAGUCCUCCAGCAGAAAACUCUCUGUGGACUCAACGUCUGACUCCCCGUGCAGCUCCUCCUGCAGCACCACAGAAGAAGUCAACGCCGACGGGUCCAGAGCAGACCCGGGUACUGGGUCAUCUGAAGGGUCCAGAGCAGACCCGGGUACUGGGUCAUCUGAAGGGUCCAGAGCAGACGCGGGUACUGGGUCAUCUGAAGGGUCCAGGUCCAGAGCAGACCCAGAUAAAACGGAUCCAGUCCAGGUUUCUGUCUCUGGUUCACCCGACCCUUCGGAGCAGAGUCCGAGCGAUGGAUCCAGAGAGCAUCAAACCCCCGGCUCUGAUGUAAGCUCCACCCCCGUGGCCUCCAUCAGCAGCUCCAGCACCAGCCUGCAUGAAGACCUGAAGGGGGGCCAGUCGGUCCUGCAGACCGGCAUCCCCUCCGCAUGGUGGGGCUCCAGGAAGUUCUCGGCCUCGGCCCUCAGGUUCACCAGGCAGCUGAGUGUAGGGGGGGUGGGCUCCUCCACUGGGGUCCACCAGAACCAGAACCAGAACCAGAACUACCACCCGUUCCCCAACAGGAAGACCCCGAGGAUCUCCGAGGCCGCCAGGAAGCUGGGGAUGUACUCGUCCUUCUGAGAGUCGUGUCACCACACGGGUCCUCGUCCAGCAGUCUCUCACCGGGUCCAGACGGGUCCAGACGGGUCCAGACCGUCUUUAGGUGUCCUGUUUCUUUAAGAAUUCAUUAAUCAUUAAAAACAGUGAUGGAAAUCAGGGUUAAAAUGUACUUGUUGUUUCAUAUAUUUCAAUAGAGUUUUUGUUUGUUCAGGGAGGAGUUAAUGAAGAUGAACCCUCAUGAUGCAGAAUGAAAAAUGUGUAGUUAAAAUGAUCGGACAAUAAAAACAAUAAAAAGUCUGAUUUUGUUGUCUUUCACCCAAUUACACAAGAAAAUUAUUUUACCUUAUAGAAUAAAUUAAAGUUAAAGUUUCUUCUCUCUUAUGGAGGAACAAAGUGUCUAAUAUUAAAUGAUUAAAUAUAACGGCAUGAAACAAAUGAUCAGGAAUAAAUAGAGACAAAAUAUAAAACCAUGGAGUUGUGAUUAAUCUGAUAAAUAUUUAAGUAUAAUGCAACAAAAGUCACCUGCAAAUACAUUGUUAUUGUGAACGGACCAGGAUGACAUAUCAAAAACUAUGAGCCAAGUAUUAAAAUGGUAUUGUAUUAUUGAUCACUUUUA